CAAACAUCAUUAUACACAUAUUUACUCGCUCCUUUCUUGAUUGUUUGCCAUGGCUGAUGAGAAAGUUGUGGAAGGGGCAGAGAAUGGAGCUUGCCAAACACCAGUGGUUAGUGCUAACAAGGCAAAUGAUUGGCUAAUCUUUUUGCUGAGGCUGUUUGCCUUUUUUGCAACUGUAUCAGCCACAGUGGUGAUGGCCAUAAACAAGCAAACCUUAACAGUUGUUGUUGCCACUAUUGGAAGAACUCCAAUUCAGGCCAGUGUCACAGCCAAGUUUCAGCACACCCCAGCAUUUAUAUUCUUUGUGAUAGCUAAUGGUUUGGCAAGCAUUCAUAACUUGCUAAUGCUAAUAGUGGAGCUCAUAGGCCACAAGUUUGAUUUCAAGGGUCUCCGGUAUUUGCUGAUUCCGAUCCUAGACAUGCUGAACGUUGCUCUGGUGUCUGGUGGUACAAGUGCAGCAGUUUUCAUUGGUGAGCUUGCUCGAAAUGGAAAUUCUCAUGCAAAAUGGAACAAAAUCUGUGACAAGUUCAGCACUUAUUGUAACCAUGGAGGUGGAGCCAUGAUUGCAUCUUCCAUAGGGCUAGUCCUGAUGAUCAUUGUCACUGUUAUUUCUAUCACCAAACUUCGGAUUCAGAAGUCUCAGAACUACUCUAGACUUCCUUAAUAUAUAUGAUGCACUCUUUUUCCUGUUUUUGUGUGUGCUCGAUCUACUGCUCUUUUACAGCCAAAGAAGAGCAUUUGUACAUAGUGUGGAUUGUAUGUUAGUUGAGUUCAAUCAUUGUAAUUGAGUUUUCAAU